AGCUAAUGAAUUUGUCUUGCUAGCUAGCUAGCUAGCAACUAGCCUGUAUUCCGCCUUACAAUCUUUUGCAUUUGGCCUCAUGAAAUAGAGUUGCACCUCGUGAUAAAAUGAAAUAGCUAGCUAGCUAUUUAUUGAUCAUAUUCAUCGUGUAUAGAGUCUCAAUAAUGUCGGACUGUCGAACACCAAUUGCUUAUUUUGAUUUGGUCCGCUAACCUCAGAACUUUGUUAGCGGUAUUUCGGUGCCACUAACUUAAUGGUUAACUUAAUGGUUAACUUAAUGGAUCUAUUCGCCUUUAUAAAGUGUUUAUAAAUGAUAAUGAAUGAUCUCCGUUAAAUUGCCGUUCUUGGCUAACUAGCUUGCUAGCUAUUUUUGUUAAAUUGAAUAUUCGCCGAACGGAGUAGUGAAAACAGCCGAAGUAACGAACUACAGAUUACCUCCCACUACAUACUAUAUUGACUUUUGUUUUCAUCGUAUAGCCUAAUAUAAGGGGAGACGACGCUUUGUUCCUUCUUUCAAGCAAUAUUCGAUUGUGUUGCAUUAGAUAGUAGUUAGCUAAAAAACGUCUAACUUGUAUCAUUUCUUCUGACGUGCUAUGUUUUGUUCCUUUCCCCCCAGCAGGUUUGUUCUUUGAAGUUGAAAGUGCAUUAACUUAAAAUGAGAGGCUGGUUUUCAUUGUCAUCUGUCCCCAUUCUGCCAGUGUCAGGAAUUAUUUGCAGCCUUGAAAAAUCAGACUUUACUUUUCAGAUGUAUUUUUUUAUUUUCUGUGUCUUUCUGGAAAACUGCUGUAUCUCAGUAUUUCAUUUAUCUCAUGCAGAACUAAACAUUUUUUUUCUCCACUCCAGAUUCUUUAAAUUAAGACUGUCCACUAGAUUGUAAGGUUUAUGUGUGUAAUUUGGGUAAUAUUGGGAACAAGAAUGAGUUGGAGAGGGCUUUUGGAUAUUAUGGCCCUUUGUGGAGUGUAUGGGUAGCCAGGCAUCCCCCUGGUUUUGCAUUUGUGGAGUUUGAGGAUCCAAGAGAUGCUACAGAUGCUGUCAGUGAGCUAGAUGGAAGCCUCUCUGGAGAAAUGGUAGAAACUAAUGAAAAAGAAGGAACCUACAGUGGAGAAACAGAAUGAUGAACACAUAUCUUUAGAAGAUCCUCUCCAUUCUCCCCCUGAUGCAAAAUUAGGAGAGUUGAAAGCAUCAAAAUGUGCUGAACAUUUUACUGAUACAACAGAUACUGAUCACAUCUUGACAUCUGUUGAGCAAGCAGAAAUAGCAGAAGAUGAUCAACUUACUGAACCAAAAGAAUUCCUUGGCCAUGUGCCCAGCACUCCUUUUCAAGAGUACACAAAUAUACAGAUCAAUGCAGCUGGUCACAGAAGAAAAAUGGGCUCGCUUCAGACUUUUGAAGGAAAAAGAGGCGUGGAAGAUGAAGAUGGUGACGUUUGUCAAGAAGAGAAAAAUAUGCCUCUUGCAGAUAUAUAUGACUUAUCAAGCACAACAAAUGAAUUCAGUAAAGAUGACAAAAAUGAGGUAAAAAAAAUUAAAGAUGGGUCCACAAAAUAUUCCACCAGAGAGGACUUUACCCUGGUAUGUUCAAAGCAAUAUAUGCAUUCUGAAUUAUUCUCUCAAACUAAUGAACAAAAUGUAUCUACUAAAACACCACCAUCAACAGUGCUAGAAAAUUCAGACUCCACGGAAGAUGACAGGAAUAGAAAAGAGAAUACUGAAGUAAGAAACACAGAACUAUGUGCAAAAAUCCAAACAAAAAAAAGAAGAGGUUUUGAUCAACUCGGAUGCUUCAAGGUGAACACCAGCAAGGUAGUGAAAGAAAAGAAAGACAAUGGCAAAAUGUGUAAGAUACAGAAGGAACAGAACAUGACGGAAGAGAGAUGUUCUGAAGAAAUCACAAAUCUAGAACCUACUCACCACUUAUUCACAGAACCACACAGUGUUGAGAGUAAGGUGUCACUUGACAUCCUUGACCAAUCGUUGAUCUAAUUAGCAUUUUAUUCCCAGUUCCACAUUUGCCAUUCAAAAUAAAUGAACCGUUUUAUGCUUUUAUACACAAAUUUGUCUGCCAUUUCCUUCCAUAGCAGUUAUAUAGUGUCUCAAGCAUGGCCGCCGGCCCAUUGUCUCCUGAGCAUGCCUUUCUUGGGGGUCUUCGAGUUCCUUCAGCACUAACCUGAUCAACAAAUCUACCCAAACCUCUUGUACAUCCAAUCAAUGGCUCUGUUCCUUCCCUAAUGUCAACCAAACGGCCUACCCUCAACAAUCCCCAGAUAACUUCAGCCAUGUAUAGCAGUCAGCAAUGUUAACAUCUAGAAACCAACUUCCUGCCAAUUCUGCCCUCUUGACCAACACUCAGCCUCUUUUCAUCACAACUAGCUUGUUGAAAACCAAAUUAUAGUAAGUUAUAGCUUUUUUACUUCAAUGUAAUGGCUUUUUUUGCAGAUGAAAUUCAUACAUUCAGAUAUGUUCUAUUUUUUUUAGAUGUUAACUUGCCAAGCGCUUUUUAGAUUAGCAUAUGAGCUAGGAAAGUACAGAAACUGUGGUUGACCCAGUGGUGAAGGAAUCAGGAUGAAAUAGGAGGAUGUCUCCUGCCUUUUUUUUUCUCUUCGUUGAGUAAUGUAUCAAUAUACUGUUUGUUGUUGGAAUGAAAAUGAUGCAUCCAGAAACUUGUUCCUACACAUUUGGGUCAUCCAGUGUCUGCAUCCUAUUGUAGCACAGUCAGAUAUAAAUGUAGAGAUCACUGCUUCAUCA